AUGGCGUCUGUAUUUCGAAGCGAGGAGAUGUGUUUGUCCCAGCUGUUUCUCCAGGUGGAGGCUGCGUACUGCUGUGUGGCUGAGCUUGGAGAACUGGACUUGGUUCAGUUCAAAGAUCUGAACGUGAAUGUCAACAGCUUCCAAAGGAAAUUUGUGAAUGAAGUCAGAAGGUGUGAAUCGCUGGAGAGAAUCCUCCGUUUUCUAGAAGAUGAGAUGAAAAAUGAGGUUGUGAUUCAAGUGCCUGAGAAGUAUCCUCCGUCCCCUCUCCCUCGGGAGAUGAUAACCCUAGAGACUAUUCUGGAAAAACUAGAAAAGGAGUUACAGGAAGCCAACAACAACCAGCAAGAUUUAAAGAAAAGUUUCUUAAAACUGACGGAACUCAAACAUCUGCUGAAGAAAACCCAGGACUUCUUUGAGACAGAAGCUAACCUCACGGAUGAUUUCUUCACUGAAGACACGUCAGGGCUCCUGGAGUUACGGACUUCGCCCUCUUCAAUGCCCGGGAAGCUGGGGUUCACGGCCGGAGUGAUAGGCAGGGAGAGGAUGGCUGCCUUUGAGAGGCUGUUGUGGCGAGUCUGCCGUGGAAACAUCUACUUCAGAUUCUCCGAGAUGGACAUGUUCUUGGAGGAUCCUGUCACGAAAGAAGAUAUUAAUAAGUACAUAUUCAUCAUAUUUUAUCAAGGCGAGCAGCUUAGGCAGAAGAUCCGGAAGAUCUGUGAUGGGUUCCGAGCCACCAUCUACCCCUGCCCAGAACCUGCGGCUGAGCGCAAGGACAUGUUAGCUGAAGUCAACGUGAGGCUGGAAGAUUUAAACAUCGUGAUCACGCAGACUGAGUCCCACCGUCAGCGCCUGCUGCAGGAGGCGGCUGCCAACUGGCACACGUGGGCCAUCCAAGUGCAGAAGAUGAAGGCCAUUUACCACACCUUGAACCUGUGCAACAUCGAUGUCACUCAGCAGUGCCUCAUCGCUGAGAUCUGGUUCCCCGUGGUGGACACCGCGCGCAUCCAGAGGGCCUUAGAGCAGGGCACGGAACAAAGUGGCUCGGCCAUGGCUCCCAUCCUGACCACAGUGCAGUCUAAAACAGCCCCUCCAACAUUUAACAGGACCAAUAAGUUCACAGCUGGCUUCCAGAACAUUGUAGAUGCCUAUGGUGUAGGCAACUACCGGGAGAUGAACCCAGCCCCCUACACCAUCAUCACCUUCCCCUUCCUGUUCGCGGUGAUGUUUGGGGACUGUGGACACGGGGCAGUGAUGCUGUUGGCUGCCCUGUGGAUGGUUCUGAACGAGAGGACCUGGCUUUCUCAGAAGUCCAACAAUGAGAUUUGGAACACCUUUUUCCAUGGCCGCUACCUCAUCUUACUCAUGGGCAUCUUCUCCAUCUACACGGGUCUCAUUUACAACGACUGCUUCUCCAAAUCCUUCAACAUCUUCGGUUCUUCGUGGAGCGUCCGACCCAUGUUCAGAAACGGCACUUGGACUGACCACAUAGUGGAGACCAACCCCUUCUUACAGCUGGACCCGGCUGUGCCAGGAGUGUAUUCUGGAAACCCCUACCCAUUUGGGAUUGAUCCGAUUUGGAACUUAGCAUCAAACAAGCUCACCUUCUUGAAUUCCUAUAAAAUGAAGAUGUCAGUCAUCCUGGGAAUUGUCCAGAUGGUGUUCGGGGUGGUUCUCAGCCUCUUCAAUCACAUCUACUUCAGAAAACUGAUCAACGUCACGCUGCAGUUCAUUCCCGAGAUGAUUUUUAUCAUCUGUCUGUUUGGAUACCUGGUUUUCAUGAUCAUUUUCAAAUGGUGCCAGUAUGAUGUGCACGUGUCGCAGCGCGCCCCCAGCAUCCUCAUCCACUUCAUCAACAUGUUCCUGUUUAACUACGAUGAUCCUUCCAACAGGCCCCUGUACGAAUAUCAGCAAGAAGUCCAGAGUUUCUUUGUAGUCAUGGCUCUGAUCUCUGUGCCCUGGAUGCUGCUGAUUAAACCCUUCAUCCUCAGAGCUAACCAUCGGAGAGCCCAGCUGCAGGCAUCCCUGGUCCAAGGAGAUUCCACAGAAAGCAUGGAAGGUGGUAACUCACACCACUCUAUCAGUCCUGCUAAGAAGUCUUAUACAGUUAGCCAUGGAACCCAGGAUGACCACGAGGAAGAGUUCAAUUUUGGAGACGUCUUUGUCCACCAGGCCAUCCACACCAUCGAAUACUGCCUGGGCUGCAUCUCCAACACGGCCUCGUACCUGCGCCUCUGGGCCUUGAGCCUGGCCCAUGCCCAACUCUCUGAAGUGCUCUGGACCAUGGUGAUGAACAUUGGUCUUCGCCAGCGAGGCUGGGGAGGCCUCAUUGGGGUCUUCAUCAUUUUCGCCAUCUUUGCCGUCCUGACUGUCGCCAUCCUCCUAAUCAUGGAGGGUCUCUCAGCUUUCCUGCAUGCACUGCGUCUUCACUGGGUGGAGUUCCAGAACAAGUUCUACGUUGGGGCUGGUUACAAGUUUUCUCCAUUCUCCUUUAAACACAUCCUGGAUGGGACGGCUGAGGAGUAG